AUGAUCCGGCGAAUUGAUACAGAGCCAUUAACUUUUGAAGUUACCUAUGGAGGAAGCCACAAUUGUGAUCAAGAAAACAACAACCAAAAUGAACAACUACUGCUUGCUGUGCAAACACAAGUUGGAGGAGCAGCAGGGGAACUAUCUGAUUUCUACAUUCGUGAGAUGGUUUCAACCCCAAAUAAUUAUGUGCUGAGACCUGAAGGAAAAGAUCAAAUCGGCAGUGAAAUAGAGCAGUCGGCGUAUCGCCGAGCAGUUCCGCGAAGCAGUACUAUACUGCCCAAUGAUCCAAGACGCGAAGAUGCUGAAGAAAUCAUUAAGAGAUUGAGGAUGGAGAAGAAUCUAAAAGUGGUGGAUUCAAGGGAUGAUUUUAAUGCAGUUACAUCACCUCAAAAUAGGCUAUUUGGAAAUCCAGUGUCAUUUGCAGAGACUAAAGAUUUUAAUGAAUGCAUUCAGGAAGCUAAUCUCACAGAACUGCCAUGGAAGGGAGAUUACUACACAUGGUCUAAUAAACAACAAGGCACUGACAUAAUUUAUAGCAGAAUAGAUAAGCUAUUUGGCAAUGGGGAGUGGAUAAGUAAAUGGGGCCAUGUUGUAACUGAAUAUGAUUGCCCAAAUGUUUUAGACCAUGCUCCUAUGCUCUUGACCAUUAAGAUAAUUGUUCUUCAAUAUUUGGGCAUCACACAGCAAAUUCGACUCUAUUGUAGCAAAAGGUUUUCAUUUUCUCCUGGACAGCAGAAGGAGAUCUUACUUAACCUGGAGAAAUGGGAUCUUAUUGAGGAGAGUGUAAUGAAGCAGAAGGCAAGAGUAGAUUGGAUCAAAUUAAGAGAUUCAAACACUAAAUAUUUUUCAUCUGUCCUUAAGGAGAAAACCCAUAGGAAACAGAUCACUGAGUUAACAUCUUUGACUGGUGCUAAAUUGGAAGAUGUUGCAGAUAUUAAGAAGGAGAUCAGAUUGUUCUACAAGGGACUUAUGGGAAGUUCUGCCAUCUCUCUACCUGCAGUGAAUAAGAAAAUGAUGAAAAAGGGACCACAACUUACUCAUGCACAACAACUUCUAUUAUGUAAGGAAGUCACAACACAAGAAAUUGAGGAAGGACUUCAAGCAAGUGGUUCAGAUAAGGCUCCUGGAGUGGAUGGAUACAAUGCUGGAUUUUUCAAAAAAGCUUGGCCCAUAAUCAAGCAGGAUGUUGUGGUUGUGGUACAAGAAUUUUUCAUAAUAAGUAUUAUGCAUAGACCAAUCAAUUGUACUGGUAUCACUUUGGUUCCAAAAAGUGCACAACCUGUCACUGUGAAGGAGUAUCGACCAAUAGCAUGUUGUACAGUAUUGUACAAGAUUAUUUCCAAGGUCUUAGCUACUAGACUACAACAAGUCAUUUCAGAUGUUAUAAGUGAUUCACAAACUGGUUUCAUACCUGGGAGGAAAAUUGCAGACAACAUUAUCUUAGCACAUGAAUUAGUACAAACAUAUGGGAGGAAACAAACAUCACCUAGGUGCAUACUCAAGAUAGAUCUUCAAAAGGCUUAUGACAGCAUAGAAUGGGUGUAUCUUCAACAGGUUAUGGAAGAGUUGGGGUUUCCUAUGAAGUUUAUGGCUUGGAUCAUGGAAUGUGUCAAAACAAUUAACUACUCGAUUGUGGUUAAUGGAGAGUUUACAAAACCAUUUGAUGCUGUGAAAGGAUUGAGGCAAGGGGAUCCCAUUUCCCCUUUCUUAUUUUCUAUAGCCAUGGAAUAUCUUAGUAGAAGUCUAUGUGCAUUGAAAUUGAAUAAGAAUUUUAAAUUUCACCCAACUGUGCUAAACAGAAUAUCACACACCUGUGCUUUGCUGAUGAUCUACUUCUAUUUGCAAUGGUUUUCCUGUGCCUCGGGACUCAAAGCUAAUUUGGAUAAAAGUUGUGCCUAUUUUGGUGGAGUGCCUCAGAGAGAUAAAGAUGUUAUCAUACAGAAGUUAGGAUACAACACAGGAGAAUUGCCAUUCAAAUACUUAGGAGUGUCCUUAUCAACUAUGAAGUUGACUCUGCUCCAGUGGCAACCACUUAUUGAAAAAAUUGUGAAGAGAAUUGCUUCUUGGAAAACAAAGAAAUUAUCUUAUGCAGGCAGAAUCCAGUUGGUCCAGACAGUGAUAUUUGGUAUACAAUCUUAUUGGGCUCAGCUGUUCUUGCUCCCCACAAAGGUAGUAAAGACCAUUGAGGCCUAUUGUAGGAGCUAUGUUUGGUCUGGAGUAAGUACUAUCACCAAAAAAGCUCUAGUAGCUUGGGAUAAGAUAUGUUUGCCUAAAUCUGCAGGAGGGUUGAAUAUCAUAAAUCUACAUUUAUGGAACAAAGCUGAUCAAACCAAAAUUUUUUGGGACCUUACACAUAAAGAAGAUAAGUUGUGGAUACACACUUACUAUAUAAAGGAGCAACAAGUGCAAGUUAUGCCCAUUCCAUCUCAAGCAUGUUGGAUUACAAGGAAAAUAUUGGAAGCUAGGACUCAAUGGAAUCAAGUACAACAUUUGGUGAAAAAGCAACAUGGUAUUAUAAAGCAAAUUUAUCUUGGAUUGAUUGGGGGAAGGACCAGAGUCUCAUGGAAAUGCUUGAUGUUUGCCAAUUCUGCUAGGCCUAAAGUUAUAUUCACUAUGUGGCUGCUAGUGCAGGCUAAACUUCUCACAAAAGAUAGGCUUGUUAAAUGGGAUAUUAACGUCGAUCCUUUGUGUAUAUUCUGCCAGCAGGAAAAUGAAACAAGAGAACAUUUGUUUGUCAAAUGUCCAUUUGCGAGGCGACUAUGGAGUAGAAUAUUAAAUUGGAUGCAAAGACAAGAGAACAUUGGAGGAGAUUGGGAUCACCAUUAUCAGUGGAUACUCAAGAAUGCCCGAGGGAAGACUCAAAAAGCCCAAAUUUUUAAUUUAGUAUUUGCUGAAACUGUGCAUGCCUUAUGGAUAGAAAGGAAUGUCAGGAUUUUUGAACAAGAAGUUAUGGAUGAGAGUGGAUUGACUAGAAAUAUUGCUAAUGUUUGUAAUAUUAGAGCACCAUUAGGGGCAAAGGAUGUAGUACAAUCAUGGCUUGUAGUCUUAGUUUUCUGUAGAGAUUGA